CCCCACCACCUCACACGAACAGUUCCCGUCCAGUCCACCGCUCCUCCCUGUACUGACGGUGUCAGGUACACUUCUCUGCACGGUCUCCUUGAUCCUGGGUCGUCUCCAGCACCGUGUGUCUCUCACCCCACACCCCUGGACACACACAGUGGACAUCUCCGGCAGGGGACGUCUUCUGUGGGCGGAGGACUGUCACCUUGAGGAGAUGGAGAAACUGGAGGUGAAAUGCACCAAGUGUGGUCAUCAGUUCGGUGAUGACAGGACUCCACGUAAUCUACUUUGUGGACACACGGUGUGCACCUCGUGUGUGGAUCUGGUAAUUGAGAGUGACAAGAAAUGUCCAGAGUGUGAUGCUAUCAUCACUGCCUCCUCUUCAGGCGACCUGCCUGUCGGCUACACCUUGCUCCGAAUGGCUUGCUUAAUCAAUCGAAAUCAGGAUAAGCAGCACAAAGAGGAUGCAUCCCUUGAAGCAGAUUGUAAUCACCAGACCGAUGCAGGAAUGUGCAUGGCCCACUGUGCUCGUUUGUUCUUCAGGUGUCAGACUUGUGAUGUGUGGGUGUGUCGGGACUGCCUAGCAGUAGAUCAUCCUGAACCACCUCGGGGGCUCUGCAGGAUUGUGCCCUUCUCUAUUGCUCUGAAAGAGGUAAAGGAGGCCUAUGCAAAGACCACUUGUUCAGAAAAAAUUAUGAUUGACUUGUUAAAAGAUGAGCUUAAUGCAUUAAAGUCUCAUCUAUCAGAUAAAGAAAAUGAGAACUUAAAAAAUAUUAACACUAUAAAUGAAAAAAUUAAUUACAUCAAAAGCAAAAAUAAUGAGAUUACAGAACUUCUGAACAAAUUGGAAUCUUGCGCAGACUCAAUAAAGUCAGCCGAGAACCAGGUCUCCCAGGCUCUGACCCCUCAAGACAUGAUGAAUGGCACUAAGUGUGCACUUGAGUGCUCAGAAUCUCUUAAACUUCUGGUCACAGGAGUUAAAAAAAUAACAAAACAGUUUCCCCCUGGAGUAAUUUCUGGAGUAUCUGUUACAAAUCUACUGCACACAGAUGCAGAUAUCAUUCAGGAAAUGUUUUCAAAACACCAGCUCGGUGAAAUUAAUGGAAUUAAGAACGCCCUAAAUAAAUUAAAAAUGAAUUCCCCAGAAGCUGCUACUGCAAGCCUUACAUUACCAUUUUCCUUCAAACAGCCAGCUUUCACAGGUACUAAUAUUAAACUUAAAUCUGAUCCCUUUUCCUUUCAGCAUUUAGGUUUAAGUUCUAAUGCUAAACCUAGUGCUGAAGGUGGUCUAUUCUCCUUUGGGAAUCCCGUCCGUAGUCGUGAAGUGACGAAGUCUAAGACUUGAAGGAUCUUUAGCUAAGGAUUACCUUGAAAAAACACUGUUUUUCUAAGAAUUGCUUUUAAUACCUUGAAAAUUUUGUACAUACCAUAGUGUGGUAAUGUAAUUUUUCUUAUAAGGAAUGGAUACAGACUACUCAGAUUCAUGUAGCUUUUUCUUCAGCUGUGGUUUUGAGUAUUAGACAUUUUGUUGGGCUGCAUCUCGCUUCUCUGGGUAAGGAAGGUUACUUGUCAAGGUUUUAAAACUUUUUUCUUUUCUUUUGUCUUAGAAUAUUGCUGGUUGUAAUGUUUCCUGGAGCAUUUAAAUAAUGCAGUUUGUUGUUUGAUUUUAAUUGAAAUAUUUCUAAAUGUCUGUUAAAAAUGUAAAUCGAGGCAUAAGAUACUGUAACUUCAGUAGUUCUGCAAUUAAAUAAGGCUAAAUGUUCCUCUGGCAUUUUGCUGAAAAUAAUACAGGAAACAACUUUACUAUUAAUUCUAAGAAUGUAUGCUUAUGUUAUCUUCUUAAUGAUUUGUGUAUGUAGUAUAUGUAGCUGAAUUAUGGAAUAAUAUAUUGUCUUGCAUCCUGUAUUGGUAUUAAAUGCAGUUAAGAGUAUUGCUGAUUUUAUAAUUGUAUUCCUUAUUAUUGGCUUGUACUAUAUAGUUAAUAGCAUUAAGCAAUUUACUCUUUAAUUGUGGCUUUGUAUUUUCUAGUGUUAGUGGCUUUUUGAGUUUACUAGUUAAUCUCCAAUUUAUUUAUUAACACAACCCAUUCACUGUCCUUUUUUUCUGUAAGUAAUAAACAUAAUAAAGUGGUAAAUUUUGGGUCUUCUUCACAAUUUUCAUUAUUUUUGAGUAAUGGUAAUAAACUAAUAAAUGAUAAAAUAUAUUAU